CUCGUGAAAUCGUACACGUGUCGGAUUGGUUUUUAACGGAUUUUUAACUGCGACGCCAAUAAUAUUAGUGAUAUUUCGUACAUUCGCGGUAAAUAAAAGGAUACAAAUAAACGAAGUGAUGAUAUACUCGAUUCGUGUUUUAUCCGAUGUGGUUCUCGUUUGAAAGAAAUAUGUUGGUCGCCGAUAUAUCUUCAAGAUUUGGACGUGUGAAAUUUUGACAGUGGAUUCGGACGUUAACGAAUUUUAAUAUUGAUAUCGAUAUUGGAUAUCGACAGCCGAAUCGAUAAUAUUAAUCGAAAAGUUUUUACAAAAUUUAGUGGUUGAUAAUCGAAUUUGAUCUAAUCGAAGCUUCCCCUUUCUUAAGUGAAACUAACGAGAAGAAAAGAAAAUUCCUUCAACAUGAACAGCAAGGCGCUCGCUCUGCUGAUAAUUCUUCGAGUUAUUCGCGCCAACCCUUCGGAUUAUUCGAAUAUUGGGGAGAAAAUCGGUUGCGCCGAUCACGAAGCCUCGUUCACCCUGGCGAGGAUCGAUCGAUCGAUCGACUGCGCGAUAAGCCUUGGAUCGUUGUCCAACGAAACGCAAUUCGCUGCGCCACGGAAGGAGACGAUUAAGAAUUUGGAGAACGGCUCGUGUUACGAGAGGAGAACGCUUCCUCUUCGAAGCGAGUUGGGCGACGGGAUAUCGCACCUGCUGCGCUUCACCCCAAAUUUCACGUUUGUCCAAAACGUCGAAUGCCGGGAGCAGGUUAACGUUUUCCUGCGCGAGUUGAGGAAUUACAAAUUCUGGGCCAUGGAAAUGUUGGACUCGAACGGAAAACUGCCGUCCAGUUUCUUGCAAGGGAACGUGAACCAAUACGGGGAUUUCGAUCGAUGCUUGAACGUGAUGGCGCACGAGAGGUCGAACGGAAGGGAGAUAGAGAUACGGGGGAGGUACUUUUUGGCGCUCAUAGACGUCGACGCGACCCACCCAAUCAUGGAAAAUCUGGUCUCCAUCAUGAAGUCGCGUAACAUGUUCUCCUCGAGUUUGCACGAGAAACGUGGACACUUUUUCCCGAAAUUUCCGCUGAUAAGAUGGGCGCUCUGCCUUCCGUCCGCUUGCUCCAACGAGGACGCGAAAAGCUUAAUUCAACGCACGUUGGACGAGUACAAUUCAACAGUGGGGAUUGAAUUUAUGGUUCACGUCGAUCCUAACACGAGUUACGUGAAGCAAGAGUCGUCGAGUUAUGCGAAAGAAACGAUCUACGUUUUAUGUUUCUUUGCAAUUGUCGCAUGUCUCGUUGCAGCAACAACGAUGAGAGAUUACUUGGGGACGGAUGAGGAGAGGGAGAAAGAGAACAGUUUGGAGAGGAUAGCGAUGGGAUUCUCGUUAAGAAGGACCGCGAAAUCUUUGUUCAAAAAGGAGACGGGACCCAACGAUAUCACGUGCAUACACGGGAUGAAAUCUAUUCUGGCCUUGUUUAUAUAUGUCGCGCACAGGAACAUGAUCACGUCCAUAACGCCCUACCUGAAUCGAAUGUACUACGCACACAUGGCGAACCAACCCUUUUCCAUCAUCCUUAGAAUAGCGACUUUAUACACGGACUCGUUCUUACUGUUCAGCGGCACGUUAAUAUCUUUUAACAUGAUGCACGAGUUGAACGCGAGAGGUGAAAUUCGAUGGUUCAGGCGGCUUCUUUCCAGAUACGUGAGACUUACCCCGAUGUUGUUGGCGAUCGUGCUUUAUUACGCGUACGUGAUGGAGCACACUGGCUCGGGCCCGGAAUGGAACAUCAUCGAGAAAAAUGCCAAUCUCUGCAAAAAAACCGGCUGGAUGAAUCUCUUGUACGCGCAAAUCGCUUUACCAUUCGAGGAUCAGUGCGCUUCCCAUACGUAUCAAUUGUCCGUGGACAUGCAGUUGUCACUGUUGGCUCCUCUACUGGUAUCCGUCUUAAAAUUCUGGUCAACGCUUGGGACAGUCCUCGUGUUAUUCACCGUUUCGCUAUCGAUGAUAUUCCGUUACAUGAUAAUGAUAAAAAACAACAUUACAAUACUGCUGCAUUACGGGUUCUCGGUGGAGAAAUUUUAUAGUAUGAGCAAUCUGAUGUACAUCGUUCCGUUUUACAGGAUCACGCCGUACGUGUGCGGCGUGGCUCUUAGCGUGCUGUUGCACCGCGUCGGAAAAGAGGUUAAGAUUCCCAAGCUCGUGGUGAGUGCAGGAUGGUCGAUCUCGACGAUGAUCGUAAUAUGGACGAUGGUCUCGCAAUACGAAAUCGUGAAGGAAGAUUACGUGUUCGACAUUGUAUCGCUGAGCAAUUUCGUCGUGAUCAGUCAACUCCUGUGGACAUUGGCCCAAUGUUGGAUAAUAUUCGCGUGUUACACGAAUAACGGAGGUGCAGUGAACAAAUUCCUUUCUCAUCGUUGGUUCGUUGUCUUCAGCAAGAUAUCGUACUCGUUCUAUUUAAUCCAAUUCAUAUUUUUUUUCUACGAGGUCGGGACCAUCAGAUAUCCGGAUAUAUUUUAUUUAUCUAAAAUAAUUAAUUGUACGGAAAUAGUUUUGCUCACGCUCUCGUCGAUCGUUCUUACCUUGAUCUUCGAUAUACCUAUGCAGGAGAUUAAAAAGUAUAUAAUGAGAAAAUGAGUGUUUAAAGAUGGUUUAAAAAUGUGCACAUAAACUCAAAAUGAAUUAUUAAUGUCCAAAUUUUUGUAUACGUCCUAUUUUCGUUCUUAUCUUUAUGACAUUUCAUUAUUUUCCUCGAUUCUUUUUUUUUACGGUAUUAUUUAAAAAGAUCUAUGACAAUAUUUUUAUCAAGAUUCAAAAAUAAAUAUUGUAAGUCAGUCUAA